UACGCUGGCAUGGCAACACCAAGCGAUCCUUCAAAGUGACGUUUACGAUCUCCAUCUUUUUAUUUCGGCCAUUUACGCCGAAAGUUCUGUUACGGACACGAAUCUUUUCGUGGCCGAUUGAUCGGUGAUAUAAAAUUUGAGCAAGAUGGUGCAGAAGAAGCCUAAGAAGAAGGUAGGAAAGAAGGUAGCGGCCGCACCUUUGGUCGUCAAGAAAGUCGAACCAAAAAAGGUUGUUAACCCUCUGUUUGAGAAGAGGACCAAGAACUUUGCUAUCGGCCAGGAUAUCCAGCCAACCCGUGACUUGUCCCGUUUCGUGAGAUGGCCCAAGUACAUCCGCAUCCAGCGUCAGAAGGCGGUGCUCCAGCGCAGGCUCAAGGUGCCUCCGCCAAUCAACCAGUUCACCCAGACACUGGAUAAGACCACAGCUAAGGGUCUUUUCAAAAUUUUGGAGAAAUACACACCAGAGACUGAGGCAGCCAGGAAGGAAAGGCUGAGGAAAGCUGCUGAAGCUAAGGUAGCGAAAAAGGAGGAGCCCCCAGCGAAGAGGCCGAACACCCUCCGUGCCGGCACCAACACAGUUACGAAGCUGGUCGAAAAGAAGAAGGCUCAGCUCGUUGUCAUCGCUCAUGAUGUUGAUCCUAUUGAGCUGGUACUCUUCCUGCCCGCCCUCUGCCGCAAGAUGGGAGUCCCGUACUGCAUCGUGAAGGGCAAGUCCCGCCUCGGAGCCCUGGUGCACCGCAAGACGUGCACGUGCGUGGCGCUCACACACGUGGAAUCUGGUGACCGCGCCUCCUUCUCCAAGGUGGUAGAGUCUAUCAAGACGAACUUCAACGAGCGGUAUGAGGAACUCCGCAGACACUGGGGCGGCGGCGUGCUUGGCAACAAGUCGAACGCGCGCAUCGCCAAGCUUGAGAAAGCCAAGGCGAGGGAACUGGCGCAGAAACAGGGCUGAGCCUAAUAAAUGUUAAGAUUAACUA